GUCUCGUGUUGUCGGAUGCAGUUAGCUGGUCAGUCAGGAAACAAGCUGCUAGCUGGUAGAAACAACGUUUUUUUUAUCAAAUAAAAUUUAGAUUUAUCCACAACCAAAGCGUUCAAAGAAUGAGAAGAGUUACCCUAUUUGUUAACGGGACACCUAAAAAUGGCAAGGUGGUAGCAGUCUACGGAACUUUGCCUGAUUUAUUAUCUGUCGCAAGCAGUAAGCUAGGAAUCAAAGCUUGUUGUUUAUACAAUGGGAGAGGUGGUCUUAUAGAUGACAUUGCAUUAAUACGAGAUGACGAUGUGCUGUAUGUGUCAGAGGGAGAUCCAUUCGUUGGCCUUCAGAAUGAAGUUAAGGUUACAUCUGAGCGGCUGGGAGUACACACCGAUUGGCUGACCCUCAAUAUUGGGGGGCGUCUAUUCACCACUACCAGAAGCACUCUAGUCAGCAAGGAGCCAGAUAGCAUGCUUGCUCACAUGUUCCGGGAGAAAGGUACUUCAGAAAAGCAGAUGGUUACGUUUUCUACUGUUAUUUUAUCUGUCAUCUUAAAUGAGUUUUGUCCACCUCCAGAUGUGUGGGGUAACAAGCAGGACGAGCAUGGGGCCUACUUAAUCGACCGCAGCCCUGAAUACUUUGAGCCCAUUCUCAACUAUCUAAGACACGGCCAGCUUAUUAUCAAUGAAGGGAUCAAUGUAAGAGGAGUCCUUGAGGAGGCACGCUUCUUUGGGAUUGAAAAACUGGCUGAACAGCUGGAAGUAACCAUUAAGAACUUGCAGCCUCCUGAGGACCAUUCUCCCAUUUCCCGGAAAGAGUUUGUUCGCUUCCUCAUGGCAACACCCACCAAAUCGGAGCUCCGCUGUCAGGGACUGAACUUCAGCGGCGGGGAUCUGUCUCGGCUCGAUCUACGCUACAUAAAUUUCAAGAUGGCCAACCUGAGCCGCUGCAACCUGUCACAUGCUAAUCUGUGCUGCUCUAAUCUUGAGCGGGCUGACCUUUCUGGAGCCAUCUUGGAUGGAGCUAAUUUGCAAGGAGUGAAGAUGCUGUGCUCAAACGCUGAAGGAGCUUCUCUCAAAGGAUGCAACUUUGAGGACCCCUCUGGACUGAAGGCCAAUCUGGAAGGUGCAAACCUGAAAGGAGUUGACAUGGAAGGAAGCCAAAUGACUGGAAUCAACCUGCGUGUGGCCACCCUCAAAAAUGCAAAGCUGAAGAACUGUAACCUGCGGGGGGCCACUUUGGCAGGAACGGAUCUGGAGAACUGUGACCUCUCUGGCUGUGAUCUGCAGGAGGCCAACCUGAGGGGCUCCAAUGUGAAAGGAGCCAUUUUUGAAGAGAUGCUGACCCCUCUGCACAUGUCGCAGAGUGUCAGAUAACCAGCUGGCUGCUUCCUGGUUCAUUCGUUCCUGUCAUAUAUCACGUCGACUGAUCUCUUGAAUUCUCUCUUUCCUUGAACUCUGUGUCUCCCUGGCAUUCCACAAACAGCUUUAAAUAUCUUGCACUAGGAUUUAUCCAAGGUUGUCAGUAUGCAUUUUUAAAUGUUAAGCUGCACACACCACCAAAAAAACAUUUCUUGAGUGUGUUAAAGUGUUUGGAUUAUUAUAUUCAGUUGUGUUAUAUUUACAUCACUCGAAGCUCAGAGAGUUCAGAUCCUCUCACCUGUGAACUUCAUAGUGUUGUUGGGUUCCAAACAUUUACCAGUUUUUCCUGUCUGUGGUUAAUGAAUUUCUUCUUGAAAUGUCUUUUAUUUUUGCUGGAAUUAUUGAGCAAUGCAAACCAAAGCCAUACAGUACAAUAGGGCAGCGUAAAAGGCGAGAAGUGCUGUUUGUGCACCAGUAAAAACUAUGCUACUUUAAAUAUGCAAAACAUGACGGAGAGCUGUGAGGAUUUCCAGUUCCUACCUGAAAAAAAAAAACACUUGUUUUCCGUGCUCUGUGAAUCUACCUCUGAUAGUGUGCGAGCGAUCCACAGUUACAUUCAUCAUGUUUGUCUUGUAUUACUUCUCUUAAUCCCGCAUAACUAUAUGCAUAUAAUCUAUCAGAGCAUGCUUUAAAAGAGCCGUUUCAUCAUUGUUGUAUUCUCCC